AUGGGUAACUGGAAGUGGUUUUCAGAAUCUGGUUCUUCGGGGUUCAAGUCUUCGUCUACAGCCGAACAAGUCACUGAGGGGAUUGAUGCUACAGGUCUCACUGCAAUUGUCACAGGUGCAACAAGUGGGAUUGGGAAAGAAACAGCAAGGGUAUUGGCUCUAAAAGGUGUAAAUGUAAUCGUACCUUCAAGAGAUUUGGAGAAUGGUUUGAAGAUAAAAGAAAUGAUCCUCCAAGAAAACCCUAAAGCACAGAUUGAUGUCAUGGAGAUGGAUUUAGCAUCCAUCGAAUCCAUCACUUCUUUUGCUCAAUCCUUUAAUUCUUCGAAACAAUCCUUAAAUAUUCUCAUAAAUAAUGCUGGUAUAUUCGCUUGUCCAUUCCAGCUCUCCAGAGAUGGAAUAGAGCUGCAAUUUGCUACCAAUCACCUAGGGCAUUUCUUACUAACGAAAUUGUUAUUGGAGAAGCUUAAAACCACAGCCAAGAAAACCGGCAUAGAAGGAAGAAUAGUCAAUGUGUCCUCCAUUGCUCACGGAUACUCAAAGGGGGAUUCUUUGCUUGAUCUCGAGAUCAUAAACAAUCCAACAAAGUAUAAAAAAUAUGAUGCUUACUGUCGAUCCAAGCUUGCAAAUGUUCUACACGCGAAUGAGUUAGCUAGGGUUUUGCAGGCGGAAGAAGCUAACGUGACGGCAAAUUCUUUGCACCCCGGAAUUAUUGCAACUAAUAUAUUUCGGUUUAUGAACAUUCGAGGUAUUAUGUUGCACGUACUGGCAGCUUUAGGGAAGCUUUUCACGAAGAAUAUACCUCAAGGUGCAUCAACGACUUGUUAUCUUGCUCUACAUCCUGAUAUGAAAGGUGUCACCGGGAAGUUCUUUAUCGAUUGCAAAGAAACACUUCCUUCGUCACAAUCUCAAGACAAGGAUUUGGGAAAAAAACUAUGGAGCUGGAGCACAGAUUUGCUUAAUAACCUCAACAUACAAAAAUGA